AUGGAGGCAAAAAUCAACCAAUUUUUUGGACCAAUUGUUACAUUCAUCAAUGGUGGGGAGCAACUUCCUUGGUGCGACAUUGUUGUUGGCUGUGAGAAAGAAGUUGCAGAUGCUACAACAGGUGCCUCAGAUGAAGGGAAGAACGAGAGUAUUAUGAGGUUAUCGUGGGCGCUUGUUCAUUUUAAACAACCUCAAGAUAUGCAACGAGGGAUCGCUAUGCUUGAGGCUUCUCUUGCCAACUCAAGUAGUCCACUACAGCAGCGAGAAAAGCUUUAUCUUUUAGCUGUUGGAUUUUACAGAAGCGGGGAAUAUUCAAGGAGCAGAGAGCUUACGGAUCAAUGUCUGGAGAUUGCACCGGACUGGACACAGGCAUUGUCGCUUAAGAAGGCUAUCGAAGAUAGAAUCAUUAAGGAUGGUGUCAUUGGUAAAGGAAUCACUCUGAUUACUAUAGGACUCAUUGCUGGUGGGAUUGUAGCAUCGAUGGUCCGAAGAAAAUGAUCU